GCGGCGCGCGGCGCGUACGCAGCACGAUUUAGAAUGAGAAUCCCGCGCUGACAAGGGAACAUUCUAUAAAAGGCACCCGAGCGAACGGGCUUGAAAACAGUCGGCUUCGGUUUUGCGCCCAGUCAGAGUAGGAGGAGAGUGAAGGAAUUUCCUGGACUCGCGCAUUGUGUUCCCAAGGGUAGUCCUGUAUGUGAAGAAUCCUUUGUGUGUCGCUCUCAUCUCGGUUCGCUGUGUUGAGGUAUUUUUCGAGUUAAGCUUCCGGUGAAGAGUUUUCUGCUCAAGGAUAACCAGUGAAAGUGAGAAAGAGAGUCGGUUUGUUUGCGCACUAGGAAGCACUGGGCGAGUGCUUGAGUCGGUGCAACGAACAAAGAAUAAAGGGUCUCAAGUUCAUGGACUCUAGAGAAGUGCUGUGAAAGAGGUGACUGGAUUGAAAAAUCGGAGAAGUUAGUGAAUAGUAAUUGCAUAGGAAGAAUGAAAGCGAUCAGUGUAAUUUUACUCAUUGGAGUCGUUCUGAGGAUAGAACCCAUUCAUGGAGUAAUACCUCCGACCAUCCAAGUGUGUAGGCGAAGCAACCCCGACAUUAGCAAGUGCAUCACGGACUCGGUAAAUGCCCUGAGGCCGCGAUUGGCCACCGGGAGAAUUUCCGAUGAGUUCUCGAUCCCACCGCUGGAACCGCUGGCUCUGGCCUCCGUCAACAUGGACCGAGGGGCGGAGUUCAAGGCGACCUUCAGUAAUUUGCUGGUGAAUGGUCCCAGCAAGUUCCAAGUCGACAAUCUCAAAGUAAACCUCGACAAACUGACAUUCGAUUUCAACAUCUAUCUGCCGAGGCUUUCCUUCCGUGGAAAGUACGACCUCAAGAUCAAACUGUUGCUACUCAACAUUGCCGGCAAAGGCGACCUCAAUGGUGUCCUAGAGAACUCUCGAGCACGUGUCAAGCUGUUCUGCGAGCGCUACGAUAGGGACGGCAAAGCGUUCAUGCGCGCCAAGCGGCUUGCCGUCAAGAUUCAGAUCGAGAAGGGUCAGUUCGAUAUGAGGGACCUGUUCAACGGUGACGCGGUGUUGAGCCAAGUGGGCAAUCAAUUCAUCAACGACAACUCGCGUCUCUUCCUGGACGAGCUGACGCCCGGUUUGGAGCGAAGUCUGUCCGAGACCUUCAAGAACACUGCCAACGAAAUCCUCCAGCUGGCCACCAUGGACGAAAUCUUCCCAGCGUAGUGCAUCUUUGCGCUUCGGUUUCCUGUUCAGUUCCUUCCCUGAUUGGUGGGGGAACAAUCACCAAAAGUCAUCCUCAUUCCGUUCCAUAAACCUUAGAAAUUUAAUUGAUUAAUUCUGGUUUGGGCGUAUAAGGCUCCGCAAUUACUAUUUGUUACUAGAAACCUUUCCAAUCAUCCAUCCUUCUACUACCCCUUACCGGAUUUCCUGCAAAUGGUGUUACUUACUGGAAUAAUGUUGUCUGUGAUGAGCUAAGAGUUAUAUGUGUGUGAGUGCUUUUAAAAUCGAGUCUUAAUUAAAAGAAGAAAAAAACUAGUUUAUAAGACAAUAUACAAUAUACAUCGGAGUAUUCAAUGCGAAGAAACGCAACCAGACUUCGAGAAGGUAUCGUCUUCCCCUGGGUUGCGAACGAAACGAAUAAAAUUAGAACUGAAACUCCUGA